AUCAGCGUAAGGUAGAUCUCGCGAGAGUACGGAGCUCCCAUGAGAUUUUACGCACCAGGAACCUGGAGUGCCGCCAAACGAGUGACUGCCAGAUUGGUAAAACGUGUUGUGUGUGUGUGAUAUACCCGCCACGCUGAGGCCAAACACUGAACAGCUGUGAAGCAGGGAAGAUAGAGUGUUGUGUUGAGUCCUACGUGCGUGUGUCUGAGCGCGCAGGCUGCACACUGGAGUGCACUGUGAGUGGGAGCCGGUGAAGACCUGCAGGCUGCGGGGCAGGUACCUGAGCAGGCUGUGGGCAGCCCAAAUGAAAUGGAGGUCAAACUGUCUGCUUAUGAGGUACAAAGAGAAGAGGAAACAAAGAGAGUGGGGAUCCUGAAUAAAACCUGCAGUGGGCAGGUAUAUGCUGGGAGAGGCCUACAGUCGGAAUGGCUACCAAUCACCACCAGCCUCAAAGGAAGAUGUUGCGUUGCGCGGCAGAUACAGAGUCCAGUCCUGUGGACAGACAGGCGCGCUCCCGUCUCCUGUAAACGCGCGAGGGUUCCCGUGUGCGCGCGCUUGGCACGGCGCCGCGCACUCCAGCCCGUGUGUGUAGUAACCCAGAGCAGUAGAGCUCUCAGCUAGACAUGGCGGCGGAUCCUAAGCCGGACUGGCUCUCCUGCCUUCCCUCUUCUUGGAGUUAUGGGGUGACUCGGGAUGGACGCAUAUUCUUCAUCAACGAAGAAGCAAAGAGUACAACCUGGUUGCAUCCUGUUACUGGAGAAGCUGUAAUCACGGGGCACAGAAAAACUCCAGAUUUACCAACAGGAUGGGAGGAAGGAUACACAUUCGAAGGAGCUCGCUGCUUCAUCAAUCACAAUGAGCGAAAGGUGACCUGUAAGCACCCGGUGUCAGGCGUCCCCUCCCAAGACAACUGCAUCUUUGUCGUAAAUGAACAUGUGAAUUGUGGAAAGCUUGUGCACCCUGACAAGCCCCUAGAGGCUCUCACCAGGUCGGCCCCGAAGACUUCAUCAGAGCAGGGAAGCAGCAGUGACAAGAAAGAGCGUCCUAUGAGCACCAUGAGUGAGGCAUCAAACUACACAGGUGGCUCCGACUACAGCACCUUCCCUGGCAGCCCCACCACCACCGUCACUACCGCCACCACCACCACCUCCACUUCAUCUACACGGCCCUCCAGGUCUUCCAAAAAAGUUCAUAACUUCGGAAAGAGGUCUAACUCCAUCAAGAGGAAUCCCAAUGCCCCGGUGGUCAAGAGCAACUGGCUUUACAAGCAGGACAGCACAGGCAUGAAGCUAUGGAAGAAGAGGUGGUUCGUUCUGUCCGACAUGUGCCUCUUCUACUACCGCGAUGAUAAAGAGGACAGCAUCCUGGGAAGUAUCCUGCUACCCAGCUUUCACAUCUCCAUGUUGUCAGUGGAUGACCACAUCAGCAGGAAAUACGCCUUCAAGGCCACACACCCCAACAUGCGGACGUAUUAUUUCUGCACCGACACAGCCAAAGAGAUGGAGUGCUGGAUGAAAGUGAUGACAGACGCUGCCCUUGUCCACAGCGAACCAGUCAGAAGAUUGGACAAGUUGAAAGUAGACCAGCGGGCGCCUCAGGAGUUGAACAACUUAUUGAACCACAGAGUCCUAACCCGGCCCGAGAUCCAGAACAAUGAACGUAACCGUGAGCCUGUGCGGCAACACUCCCUAUCCAGGGCCGACGACAAACGGCAGAAAGAUGUAGAGAAACACAACGACCAGAGGGAGCGGGAGUACUACACCUUACAGAGAGAUGGGGAGAGGUACUCCCUGAAGAAAGACGGGGUGAGCUACAUGCUUCAGAAGGACGGAGAGAAGUAUCUCCUCCACAAGGACGGAGAGAAGUACCUGCUACGAAAGGACGGAGACAAAUACUCCCUGCAGAAAGACGGAGAGGUGUACGCCAUUCACAGGGAUCUGGAGAAGUAUGCUGUUCAGAAAGUAGACGAAAAGUACACAGUGACGCCGACGGAGGAGAAAUACGCUCCUAAUAAAGAUGGAGAGAAGUACUUACUCACGAAGGAUGGAGAAAAAUAUGCACUGCAGAAAGUGGGAGACCGGCACACGCUCCAGAAAGAAGGACAGAAAUACAUCCCUCAAAAAGAAGUGAAGAGACAACUGUCGUUAAGGGAGACAGAAAGUAAAUAUGGUACCAUGCAAGUUGUAGACAAAUACGGCACUCUGAAGGAGGUGAGGAAAUACAGUACGCUCAGAGAAGGGGAUAAGUACGCUACCCUGAGAGAUGCAGAGAAGUAUGCUACACUUCGUGAGGGGGAUAAAUAUGGCUUCCAAAGAGACCCCAGCUCAGAGAGGUCUCUGACUAAAAUCAGCAGUAUCAAGCUGCAGCCGGCUCAGGCUGCCGCCAUCGCAGCCGCCGUGUCUGCGUCACGCCAGGGCCAGGCCAACCUCACCCUGCAGAAGCCCACACAGGUCAACGGCUCGGGGUCCGUGGCAGGGGAACAGACAGGGGACUGCAGCCCAGCAGAGGCGGACAGCAGCCUGGCCAGGGGUCCGGGACAGGCCCCGACUCCAGUCCAGGAGCCAGAGAGGGGCCUGUCCAGGACCAACUCCAUGCAGCAGCUGGAGCACUGGAUCCGCACGCAACGGACGAGAGGACUGGAAGAUGACACCAGGAGCAUCACGUCCUACCAGACCUUACCCAGGAACAUGCCCAGCCACCGUGCCCAGAUUGUUCCCCGCUACCCAGAGGGCUACCGCACACUGCCACGCAACAGCAUGAUGAGGCCCGACAGCAUCAGCAGUGUGGCAGGCUCCGUGUAUGACCGGGCCCUCCGUCCCGCCUCCACCACCACCGUCACCACAGCGGAGAAGAGGCGGUCAAUGAGGGACGACACCAUGUGGCAGCUGUAUGAGUGGCAGCAGAGGCAGGCCUUCUCCAGGCAAAGUCUGGCUCAGCCAACAGCUGCAGGUCAUUAUGGCACCCUGCCCAGCACAAAGACCAUGGGCAACAUCUCAGAACACGCUGUGGCACACUCCAUCCCCACCUCUCCGUCUCACGGCUCUCUGGCGCUCUACAGCACCUUCUCCCCUCCCCGCCAGCAGACUGCUCACAACCCCAGCACCUCCCAAUCAGAGGUGUCGUCACCCGUCUUCAGGGGGGACGUGACGCUGGACCGCCGACACAGGACACACCUCGCCAAGUAUGGCUACCCACCUGACCGCCGAUCCAUCGCAGCCGGCGUGCCUCCUCAGACCAUCACCCCGCAGUCGCUGCAAGGCAAGACGCCCGAGGAGUUGACACUGCUGCUGAUCAAGCUCCGCCGGCAGCAGGCUGAACUCAACAGCCUGCGGGAGCACACAGUAGCUCAGCUAAUGGCCCUGGGCAUGGAGGGGCCCAACCCUAAGAUCAGCCCAGAUGACAGAGACUACAAAGACAGCUCCCUCAUCCAGCGCACAGAGGAGGCCGACAUAGAUACCAAGCUGAGCAGACUGUGUGAGCAGGACAAGGCGGUGAGGAUGCAGGAGGAGAAACUGCAGCAACUACACAGAGAGAAGCACACUUUGGAGACAGCCCUGCUGUCUGCCAGUCAGGAGCUGAGUGAACAGAGCGGCUCAAACGCUGCAGCCAUGCAGAGCUUGGUCCAGCAGAGAGACGUGCUGCAGAACGGCCUGCUCAGCACCUGCAGAGAGCUGUCCAGAGUCAACACUGAGUUGGAGCGCUCCUGGAGGGAGUACGACAGGUUAGAGGCAGAUGUCACUCUGGCCAAGUCCAACCUACUGGAGCAGCUGGAGGCCCUGGGCAGCCCACAGACAGAGCCUCCAAGCCAGCGGCACAUCCAGAUCCAGAAGGAGCUGUGGAGGAUCCAAGACGUGAUGGAGGCUCUGACUAAAAACAAACCACAGCGGAGCACAGACAGCGCAGGUUUUCCUGGUUCCAAACCACUCUCCAGCAUACAGAAGAAUGAGCAAGCUCCAGACUAUCGGCUGUAUAAGAGCGAGCCUGAGCUAACCACAGUGAAGGAGGAGGUGGACGAGGCCAAUGGCGAGGACAAAGACAAGACCGACACUGCUGCUGACAGUAAAGAGACCGUCUCAAAAGUGCCCCCUUACCCGGUGGGCAUCGUUCCUCCCAGGACCAAAUCUCCCAUGAGCCCUCCCGAGUCCUCCACCAUUGCUUCUUACGUCACCUUGAGGAAGACCAAGAAGCCUGAAUCCAGAUCCGAUCGCCCCAGAAGUGCAGUGGAUCAGAUGGGAUUCGGGGAGCGAGAGGUGGGCAGAACGAGGAUGAGCGUGGAGGAACAGCUGGAGAGGAUGAGGAGAAACCAGCAGGCUUCAUCACUCCGAGAGAAGAAGAGAGAAACCCCAUCCCGCUCACCCUCCUUCAACAAAGACAACCCCUUUGUUAUCCUGCAGACCCGGACCCAUGCAGAGGGUGCUUGUGCAGACCCUUUGGAGCUGGAAGCGGCUCUGCAGCAGCUGAAGGUGGCUCACAUGGAGCAGAGCAGGUCGACUGCUGAGGCUGCGGGGACUCACACAGAGGCAUCACAGGAGGUGCAGAGAGUGGAGGAGGUGAAAAAGGAUAAGUGUGAGUCAGCACAGCAGGACAGGGACAUGACCCUGCAGAGUGUGAAGGAUUCGCAGGCUGAGACCAACAGCAUAGACAAUGAGCUGUGUGAAAGCCAGAGGGUGGUGAUUCUGGACCUGGGCACAGAGCCUCAGCGCGUAGAGAUCGUAAACCUUCAACCCUUUGAGGAUGACGAAAGCAGAGACCAAGAUCUGACCAGCUCCCCUACAAACACCACCACUGAAAACAGCUUCCAGACUCCCGAGCCUGAGACACCGAGCCCAGAGCCCAAGGAGGAGGAGGCGGACGUGACGCAACAAACCACCAGAGAGGAGAAGCUGGAGAAGAGCCUGGAAUCCUACAACCAGCUAACAUCAGACGACAAGAAACACAACAACAACAACAACAUGUUGGCUUCACAGACGUUCACCUUGGUGAGCAGCGACACGUGAGCGACGCCGGCCUCGCCAUCCACAACGGCGUCCCAUAGAGCCCAAAUGUAGCCAGCCUGCACAGAGCAUGCUCCACGGCUUCCUGCGUUUACAACAGAACUACUUUGAUACUACUGUUACAUGCCCACGAGGAGACUGAGAGGAUGACAGCCCUGCAAACAGACUGACCAACACACAGACGGGCAGCCAUCACAUCCAGACAGAGAGAAAGGCAGAUGUACUGUAUCUUUAGCACCUUUUAGAUCUGUCCAUACUGAUAUGUCCCUGAGCAAAAUAUUAUCCUGUAGAGUUAUAUUUGUCCCAAAACAUUUCUGCAUAAAAAUAAGGUUGUGAAAUGGUAUAGUCAUAAAAAAGUUACAAAUUAUGUUUGUCUCAUAGCUGACAUACACCUGUGCAAACCCAGAAAUGUACCAGGAAGUCUGGAAAGUUGUAAAAUAUGUGAUGUUAAAAUUUUAACAAACACUUUUUUGGGUUCCAAAUUAGUUUUCAGCUGUGCAAGAACAGGCAGCUAUGGAUGAAAUCUAUUAUUGAAACAGAAGGGGUGGAUCUUUGAUUACUUUAACUUCACCUCACAUGAUACUCAUCACUACAGUAUCUGACAGAGGUGACUGUUUAAUGAGGUUAGUUUUAUCUGUUUCAGUCAGAAUUGUGUUAGUUUUGAUGAACAUGCCACUGAACAGUUGGGACUUAAAGCCAUUGCACAGCAACUGAAAUUUUGACACAAAAAUGUGAAAAAAUCAUGUGCAUAACUACUGCAUAGGGACGAUGCACAUCACGCCAGAGAUGGAACUUUACUUUGUUUUCUUUUUGCACAACUGCUGAGCAAUACAGUCUUCAAACUUUAGCAGUGAUGAUGAUAGUUUGUUCAUCAAUAUAUGAUGGUGAGUUGUGUGUAAACCCUCAUUUCUGACAAUAAAAUUUUGGAAGAAAAAACACAACUCCUCAAGUACAAAAAGAAACAAGGAUUUACCAACGUACAUACUGGUUUCGUGCAAAUACCCUGCAUGUAAAUUUGGACUUGGUGUGGAAAUACCUUUAGCUGUCUUACUGAAGGGCAAAUCAACAGUGGCAGUUUUUCCCAAUACCUUCAUUGCUCUUCAUUUUAAGUUUUGAGUUCUUAUUGACAGCAAGUAGUCAAGUGCACUCUCAGAGGGCGUUGAGCUCUGCCAUGGUUGCUCCUUGUCACCGAUCCUGUUAGUUAUUGAUUUUUAUGGAUAGAUUCUCUCGAAGCAGCCAGACUGGUGGAGAGUGUAGUUAUGAUAAGUGUCCGCACCUGCAACUCUGAGGCCAUGGUACUCUGUCUAAAAAGGGUGGUUUGCUCAGUGCGGGUUGGGAGCGAGUCACUGCCCCAAGGGAAGGAGUUGUAGUAUCUCAGGGUCUUGUUCACAAGUGAGAGGAAGGAGGAUCCUGAGAUUGGCAGAGAGAUUGUACCAAACUGUUGUGGUGAAGAGCUGGAAGUGACGUUCUUGAUCUACCUGUCAAUUUAAGUUUCAACUCUCAUCUAUGAGCUCUGAGUAAGAACCAAAAGAAUAAAAGUGUCUGAGAUUAGUUUCAUUGGCAGGGUUGCUGGGCUUAUGCUUAUGAGACAGGACAGGAAGCUCAAAAAUCAGCAUCCUAAACGCAUCUCUUUAGAGGUUUUUUAGGCACAUGGAAGUGGUAGGAGGUAGCAGUAUACAUGAGACAGACAAUUGCAACAGCAUACAAUGUAUGUUGUAUGUAUGUACAAAGGAUUUGACUCCAGCUAGAAUGCCAGCUAGUCUGGUUUCUGGCCUCCAAAACUCAGUGUAGCAUGUUAAUAGAAAUUGUGGGGUUUUUGCCAUUUAUCCAGUCAGCCUGUGUAAAAAAUAGUAAACAGUGAACAGAUAAUCUUGUUCUGUUGGCUGUCAGUCUCUCCCAUCUGGUCAGCUAGCCCAUUGGCUAAUAUCACCAAAUUACACUGCGUGCACAAUUAUUAGGCAAGUGAAUAUUCUGACCUUAUCAUUCUUUCUAUACACAUUAUCCAACUCCAAACCAUAUAAACUUGAAUACUUAAUGGCUUUAAUCAUUUUCACGUGAUACGUAUUUGUGUAAUGAUGGAGGGUGUGGCCUAAAGUGAUUAACACCUUGUGUGCAUAAUUAUUAGGCAGCUUCAUUACCUCAGGUAAAAUUGUAAAGGCCAAAAAUACCUUUCAGACAGAUGCAACACUCUUGAAAUAGCUAAACUAUUGAGGUGUAACCACUGGACAAUAAAAUGCUUUGUUGCGAAUAGUCAACAGGGUUGCAAAAAAGGAAUAGAGAAUAAAAGGCACAAAUGAACUGCAAAAGACUUGAGAAGAAUUACACAUGAAGCUACCAGGAACCCGUUGUCCUCCAGUGCCACCAUAUUCCAGAACUGCAACCUACCUGGAGUGUCCAGAAGUACAAGGUAUCAAGUGCUCAGAGACAUGGCUGAGAUAACUAUUCAGUUUUAUUAAUAUACCGCCAAAUCACAACAAAAGUUAUCUCAGGGCACUUUUCACAUGAGCAGGUCUAGACCGUACUCUUUAAUUUACAG